AUGAACGACUUCAGCGAGGAAUACGAUUUUAUGCAAAGAAUACAUAAAGUCGAUGGACAGGGCAAGAAUGACUACGCAUUGAAGGAGGGUAUUAAGAAGAAAGACGAGGAAGGACAUUUUGGGAGGGAAAAAUUGGAAAAAGAUUUUUAUUUAAAAAGUAAGUAUGACAAGUACAGUAGCACACUGAGCGGUUUCGAAAAGGAUGAUAAAUUUUUAUACAUGAACAGAUUAAAAAAUGAAAGUGACAAAGAUAUGAAGAAGCGAGAGACCAGUUGGAACCGCAGUAGCAUUAACGAGUUAGCCAAGGUGAACGAAGUUGUUUAUUACAUUCACGCGAAUAAGAAGAAUGUGUAUGAAUAUAUAACAAAUCAAACGGAUUUAGAGAACACAUAUUAUCAGAUAGAAGAGAAGCCACGUAAUAUAUCUGGCAAUUUGGUGAAGGAAAAUGAAGAGUACGUGUACUUAAACGAUAAUGCGUAUUACAAAUUUAAGAUAAGGAAGGAUGAGAAGGAGGAUGAGGAAGGGGAAAAAGGGAUCGGAGAAGGGAAUGAAAAAAUAAAAUACACAUUGGAUGGAAGUAAGAAUGUGAUAAUCGAAAAUAUGAUAGAGUCAGACAAUAUGUUGAUACACUUGUGUAACACUUUUUUUUCCGUUAAAGAAUGGGUGAAAAAUAUUUUCCUAUUUUUUAGUAAAAUUUUUCACUUUAACUUUUUGGACUACACAUAUGUAAGGAAUUACUCCUUGACAAAUUAUUUCGAUAAGAAUGUGAAGGACUAUGUGAAAUAUUUAAAGAAGAACGAAGAUUUACGAUUAAUCAAUCAUGACUUUCUUGCGAGGAGAAAAUACAUUGCCCCGUAUUUUGUGUACAAUUGCGUUGACUGCAAUUAUAACACGAAUGAUAACGGGAUAAUAAUAUUGUCCUCCAUUCUUCCAUUCAUUCAUCGAUUCGACUAUGACUACAAAUUGAGGCAAAUGAGAACGAAGGAGGAGGAGUUGGAUCACAUACUGAAUAAUGAGAAGGGGCGGAAAGGAGGUGGUGAUGGAGUGGGUAGCAGAUUGAUAGAUACGAUUAGGCGAAUUAGGAACUUCUUUUUUGGCAAUUUUUUUGAAGAAGGUUAUUCUGCAGGUAAUAUGGGUGGUGGUGUGUACGGAGAUGGAGGCACUGCGGCGAGUAACAACACGAGUGAGUACACGGAGUUUUUAAAAAAGUUCGAAAAUAGCAUAAACGAAGAGGGGGAAUUAAUUCAAGAUAUCCUAUUUUCGGGGAAGGCGCAAAUGAUAUUUAUCAAUUUUAAGCAGAUAGAGAAUAAUUUUAAUAACGUCCUCGGUAAUGUAGAAAUAAAGAACGAGAGAGUACAAGUGAGCAAUUUAAUCCUUGGUUACGAAAAAAGGGAGCAUAUAAAAUAUACGGAUAUAUUAAUUUCCAACAUUUUAAAAAAUAUCAAAAAGAAGUAUCCUGAUAUGGUGAUCAAUGAUGAAAAUCCAAGGCAGUUCAUUUAUGAGGAGAAUGAAUGUUCAGAGAAAUAUGCUCAACAGGGUGGGGAAACGUUUCAUCCGGAUUACUCCCCUUUGAGCAAUAAAGACGACGGAGCGACCCUCUCCGAUAGUGUAGAGAUGCACAGAAAAAAGGAACACUACAUGUUGUCAGAUUUGAAGGAGUAUGUGUAUAAUUCCCCGUCCCACUUGAUGAAGGAUAAGAGGAACAACUGCGAAUAUGUAACGUGUGUAUGCUUUGAUAACAAUUCGAAUAACUGUAAUUUGAUAAAUAACUUUGUUUUGGGAUACAAUACUGGAAAGGUGGAAUACAUUUAUGGGAAAAUCGUCUACAGUAAUAUAAGUCACUGCGAUUUGUUGAUAGAUUAUUACUCGAAGAAGAAUAGGAAAUUUUCUUACGAACUGAGCAAGAGGAUUUUUCUAAACGGCGCGGUGAUAAAAGUUGCCUUUGCGCCGAAUGGUUUUUUUUGUCUACUGUUAACAAGUCAAACGUUGUACAUUUGCAAUUUUUUUUACUUCUCCAUUUGUGAGGUUAGGAAUAUUUGUUUUAAGUCCCACUUUGUGAAUUUCCUAUGGAUAAAUAAUAAUUGUUACUGCGUUUUUACGGAUAAUGGGAAUGUGUACUUGUAUGAGAAGAGUCUGAAGAAUGAUGGGCUGAACAGUUUUUCCCUGGUGAAAACGUUUUGCGUGGAGCAGCCCAUUUAUUUGAACUCCAUUUGUGAGUACCAUUUGUAUAGCAACUGCAUUUAUUUGUACACGGGGGAGAUAGAGAAAAGGAGGCGGAGUAAAAAUGGCACCCAUCAUUUGUUCAAGAAGAAGAAGAAAAAAAGGAAUAAACAUAUGAGUGACUACUUUUACAAGUAUGAUUGCAAUUUUGUUAUCAUCGAUUUGAAUGCAGAUAUGUGGAAGGGUGUAGCAGGUUAUGGAGAAGGAGGUAUCCACGCAGGCGUAAGUGAAGAUACCUUAAUCGGCGGAGUGAACCUACUGAAGGAUAAUAUGUCCGAUGUGGAAAAUAACAUGAAGCAAAUAAAAAUACUGGAAAGACUGAUAGAGAAUGGAAAUAAUUUGGAUGAAGAAGAUGUAAACCUUGAGAGCAUGUUGCACAUUAACAUAAAAGAUUUUAACAACUACAUUUCUACCAUUAAAGAUGGGGGUAACCACUUAUAUUCUGGUGAAAGUGGAGAGGAAGGAAACCUGGUCGGGAGGGACAACUCCAAGGGGGAAUUCUCCAUGAAGAAACUGUUAAUAAAUUAUAUUAAGGAUGUGAAAAAGCACCUGUACAAUUUGAGGGAUGAAAAUAUUAUUAACAUUUUAUUGCCCAGGUAUUACAGCGCAGCAGAUGAUUAUAGUCACAGGAAUUUUCUGAACAUUCGAUUUUUUACCAUCGAAAAGUCGGACAAUAAACAUUUGAUAGCGUUGGACACUGAAACGGAUUAUGUGUACAUUUACAAGAUAAGGAAGAAUGUGUACCUAGACGAUGAGGCGCUGGAAAUGUUAAAGAAUAAUCCGUACAGCGUGAACCGUAACCCGUUGCACAUGUUCUACGCGAAUUAUUUAAAAAGGGAAUCGUCCCUAAAGGAGGAGUGGAAAAUCUACAACGAUUAUAUUUAUGUGAAUACGAAGAAGAUGAAGAAGUACAUAAAGUACAACCUACUUUACAUAAUUAAAAAUCACAAGAAAAUGUUUUUCCCCCUUCAUGUGUACGUAAUAAACACCAAGUUUAAUGAGAGCGAAUAUUUUCUAUUCAUUAAAUGGGCCACUAUCAAGAACACGUUUAUAUAUGCUUCGUACAGUUCUCUUAACCGGGUGACGAAGAUGAAGGAAUACUUCCGCAAGGACGAUGAGAAGCUACUCAAGGUGUUGGAGCAUCCAAAGAAUAUUUUUCUUUACAACAUUAAUGAUAACAGGGGUGAUUUGCCUUACGUGCCUGGAUUGAACGGCUUCGGCAACCCGUACCCUCUUGGAUCGAGGGGUAAAUUCCUGGGGGAGAAUGUAAUCCAUCCAAAUGCAGCACCUGGGGUGAAUAACAAUUUUCUGUAUAAUAAAGGCAGAAUGCAUGAGUAUAGGGAUUACCCAGGUAAUCCCAUCAAAGGAUUCAACCCUUACAUGGGCAAUAAUGAGGACUAUUUGAAUAAGACCCCUUUGAAAAAUGUAGGCAGAAGUUUUUACACCUCCCCGAUUGACCACAUGAAUGGGAAUAUGCCCUACCCCUUUAAGGGGGGCCCCAAGUAUAACGAUAAAGACAUGUACACAGAUUAUUAUAUGAACAGCGCGGUGAAGGACCCAGAUUAUGGAAACUUCCCCAACUACGGUGACUACCUAAAUGAGAGCAGCAAAAAGCAGAACGAGUCUUCCGACAAGAAAUGGUCCUACUUGAAGAAAAUAAAUAUUUUUAAUAAAAAAGAUGACGAUAUAAAUGACAGCAGUUAUGUAAACACAAGGCAUACGUACAAUCAUCCUGCGGAUGUGAAACAUAUGCAACCACAUACAGGUGGUCAUAUGUUCAACUUCGAUAAUGAUGAGCCCAUUUUAGGCGAUAUGAAGAACCCGAAUUUUUAUUCCUCGCCUGAAAGGUUCAGGUAUAACAGAUUGCAUGAUCCAGGGGAUAGCUCCAAGUUAAUAAAUGACGACCACGCGAACAUAAGCGAUUUUUACUACACGCAUAAUGCAAGUAGGUACCACUCUAACGCCAUUAGUGGUGGUAAUUACGACCCGUAUGUCCUAAAAAACGAUAUAUAUAAUUACCGAAAUGUGCAUAUGGAUUUAAAUAGCAAUAGCGCUACACAUAUUCCGAACGGGCCUGGUGAUAUGUAUCGAGGACCUAACGAUGGAGGUCACUUCGCCAGUGACCUGGACAAAUCUACGGUUGGCAAACCGGGGAACCCAUACAGCAACAGGGAUGUGAACGAUGUGAAUCCCAUGUACAGUGACAAGGAGUACAGAAACAGGUAUAAGAACUACAGUUCGAACGAUGGCUAUUCUGGCAAUAUGCGGAAGUACAUAUGA